AAUCGCGAAUCACCGACUCUCUCCCCAGAACACCAUAUUGAAACUGUGCUUGAUUUACCGAUAACUAUUAGUACACGUAUUCUCUCGGGAUUACGGUUUAACGAGGUCAUAACCGAUCAUUUUGCAAAUCAGGAGUUGACUGUAUUUAAGAUCUAA